GGAAGUUUUUGUUUUCUCACCUGUCAAUUCCGAGCAGGCACUGGGCGACAGUCCUGCCUUGACCGUUUCUGUCUUUCUCAAAGAAACAGGUUUUCCUUCAUUUGAGCAUGAACGGUAAUCCUCCGUGUGCAGUUGAUAUCUAACUGAGGACAUCAUUUACCACGGCUGGUCUUCUCUGCUGCAGAUCAGACCUGCGCAGACAUGGAACCGCUGGCGGUGGAAGACGACAUCUGCAUCCUCAAACACGAGACGGCCUACACAGCGGCCGGCGAGAGCCCCGUGUCGGUGUGCGCCGGGGAUGAAUCGGUCGCGUCCCACUUUGCCUUGGUCACAGCCUACGAGGACAUAAAGAAGAGGCUCCGAGACACCGAGAGAGAAAACACUAUGCUGAGGAAAAGGGUGAAGCAGCUGGAGGACAAGCUUUUCAGGCCAGAGGCUCCUCCAUCAGAGGGCCCCCAUUAUGUGAACAAGGCCUUCAGUGCCUACCGGGGAAUCUAUAUAGAGAAGGAGGACCUGCAGAUGGAGCUGAAUAAACUGAAAAAAGAGAAGAGUGACAGCGAGAGGUUGCUGACGGAGCAGCUCCAAGCCAAAGAGUUGGAGCUGCUUCAGCUGAAGACGGAGCUGGAGACCUCCCAAGGUACAGGAGGAAUCCCACGGCCUUAACGGACCAAACUUGGAUCAGACGUCUGAUGCAAAGAUUAGUGCAAGGGACAACAUCCAGCAGACGUACAAGGCUUUGCACUACGAGGUCACUCGUCUCCAGUCGGAGCUGAAGCACCAGACGGGCCUGAUUAGGAAACUCAGACCACUGAUCAGUGAGACUAAAAAAGCCUCUUCAACCGUUCCGAUCCAGUGUUUGGACGACGUCGAAAAAACCACCAACAACCACCACCUCCCAGUCGCUCCCCCCCACAGCGCCCCUCCGGUCCCCUCGUGCUCCGGCCGCCCCGGCCCCCCCGUCGCCUGCGGCCUCUCGAGCCCCCCACUGCCAGACAGCCUGAAGGAGGACUGCUGGUACAACGGACCCUGGCCUUCUCAGAGCUGUCUGAUGGAGGCGCUGGUCGGGAGCGACGCCUGCUCCGUCGUGCUGCCCCCGCCUCCCCUCAACCAGGCUUCGCUGGACGAGAGCUCGCGUUCCUUCCCCAGCCCCCCCAAGCCGAGCGACGCCAUGUUCUGGGAGGGACACUCCGGUGCGUCCAAUUCCUCAACCUCCAUGGGGAACUUCACCCCCAUGAGCCCUCCCAACACAGAGUGGACCAAGCCCUAUUAAAGUCCGCCAGAGAGAUGACCCGAAACAAUUUGGUGGAUUUUAACGAUGCGAACGGAAAGAAACGGAUGAAGUCUCUGACUCUGCCACAUAUUUACC